AUAAGCGCCUGGCAAAUGGAGAAAAAAAGAAGACAGUUAUCUGCAUCGAGGGGAACAUUGCUAGCGGGAAAACAACCUGCCUGGAUUAUUUCGCUAAAAACACUGGCAUUGAGGUGUUGACAGAACCAGUAUCUAAAUGGAGGAAUGUCCGUGGACUCAAUCCUCUGGGCUUAAUGUAUCAAGAUGCAACCCGGUGGGGGAUGACAUUACAGACUUACGUGCAGUUGACUAUGUUGGACCAACAUACAAAACCAAUGAUUUCUCCCAUAAGAAUGAUGGAGAGGUCAAUUCACAGCGCAAAGUACAUUUUUGUGGAGAACUUAUAUCGCAGUGGGAAAAUGCCAGAAGUAGAUUAUGUCAUCCUGACCGAAUGGUUUGACUGGAUCAUCAAGAAUAUGGAUGUGUCAGUUGAUCUGAUAGUUUACCUACAGACCUCUCCUGGCAUGUGUUACCAGAGACUCAAGCGGAGAUGCAGGCAAGAGGAAAAAGUAAUUCCCAUGGAAUAUUUAGAAGCUAUUCAUCAGCUUUAUGAAGACUGGCUCAUUAAACAAUCAUUGUUCAAAGUCCCUUCUCCGGUGCUUGUGCUGCAGGCUGACGACGACCUGCAGGAAAUGAUGGAGAAAUACGAAGAGAAUCAGGACCAAAUCUUAAUGCUGGACAACACCCAACGCCGGCUGUAGAAUUAGCUGUCUUACUAUGGACAAGACUGUUGCCCAAAACAAGAGUUACCCAGGUGGUGUAGCCUAAGCUAGAGAGAGAGAGAGCUGUAGGCUUGUUUUCCUGCAAGCAGCUUGAAUUGGUGGGCUUGGAAACUUUGAAGGCAUUCUGAGAAGCUUUGCAGAAAGAUCCAAGGGCUUGGAAUUAAGGAAUUGCUGAGAAGGUCCACCAUUUCCACGCAGGAUGACACACCAAGAGCCAGAAUGCACUCUUCUCGCCUCCUAUCCACAGCGUCUUCUCUGUUUGGGGACUGUACCCUUGAAAAGUAAAUGCAUACAUAUAAGGUGCAGCUAAUUCUUCUCUUUCAUAGCAACCAAUCUACUGUUUUCAGCUUGCACUUAACGCUGCUAAUGUGACCCAAGAGACUCACAGAUGAUGGAGAAAUAUGAAGAGGAUCAGAAUGGAAUGCAUAGCUAUGACAUAGUUCCUCCUGCUGCCAACAAACGCUGCUGUUUGGAGUUAGCAAACAUGCAGCUCAAAUGCAAACGCAUUUAAAUCUUUUUUUCCCCCCAAAAAAAAGAAUUUUAAUAGAAGGGGACAAAGAAAACAAGCAGCCAGGCUUAUUACUAGUAUGCACUAAUUGCAUUUGUGUUAAUACUUUAAGUAUACUAAAAAGUCUAUACAAUAUGGCCCCCAACCUUUCUGGCUUCGCGGACUGGCAGUCUUGGUGUUUGGCUGGCGGCAUCAGUGUUGGCGAGAUGGUGGUGGGGAGGAAUAGUUUUGCAUCCUGCGCAUGCGCAAAGGGAGCUGUGUGUGCACAGCCCUAUUCCCAUUGGGCUGCAGCACGAUACCUGUCUGUGACACUGCCCCAAUCCCCGGGGCUUGGGGAUCACUGCAAUAUGGAAUAGUCGAGUUAUUUUCCAUCCAUGAAUACAUAAAUUGUAUGAAUUAUAUGAGACGGGUAAAGCAGCAAACCGAGAUGGACUCUAUUGUGUUGACCACCCAAAGUUGGGUGGUUGUCAGAAUUCAUUCCAGGAGCCCACUUUGGAUGGCCCCCGACCCACUCUUGAGCACCAAGCAAGGCAACCCAACUCAACCAGGAUGCAGAUCUUUUCGCCCAAUCCCACCCAACCAGGAUGCAGAUCCUUUUGGCUCCUUCUUCCCAUCUUUCACGGGCAGAUAAAUCCCGGGUGUCUUCACAUUAAAUUUUUAGGCAGCUCAAGCCAAAUGAGCAUAAAAACUGUUAGAUGAUCCCCAUCUAAAUCAUCCAGGGCCACAUCUGAGCAGGAUGAGAGUGAAUAUGGUCCAACGCAGAGAUUUUUACUUUAACUAUUUUACUAUUCCCUACAAGUCAGUUCAUUUGGAAUUAUUUCUUUUAUAGAGUUUUGUAUUUGAUUUGAAGAGUUGGGUCCAAGGAAGAGUCAUGUUGGAUCAGUGACUUUAUGUGAGGGUAUAUAGACAAAUGAUGGAGCAGAGUCAUAACUUUUUGAUCUUUCUUUUACUGUUAACCUAGUUUGGAUUAAAAUGUCUUCAACUGAGAUGGGAAGAUGGGUGUACGUUUUGAGUCUGAAAUAGAACAUGGGUCGGAAAGUACUUGUUUGCACUGAAAAGAAGAUAAUUUUGCUCAACUUAUUACAAAAAAUAUACAAACGGUUAUAUUAAAUGAGUGGUUUUCUAUUCGGCGUGUUUUAGAACCUCUUAGUUAGUUUGCCAGGGUAAGAACAGCAGGUGUGAUUCCAAGAUAUUUAUCAUUCCUUUCCUUCUUCAUUAAAAAGUUGUUAAAAAUGUGUUAUUGUCUCAUCUUCUUAGUCCAAAAAGAGAACCGUUAACCUGUUAAUUUAGCUCCCCGAGACACGGAAUUCUAGGAUGGAAGAGUAGGUUAUGUCUUUUAUUUAAAUUGUAAUGUUAUUGUUAGAAAAUUAACUGUAAUUCAGUUAUUCUCUAAUUGAGCCGCAUAGCGAUGUAAAGAAAAAUAUAAGCAUACAUUAAAAAUAUGUAAUAUAUUAA